CUCAUACUAUCGCACCAUUUCUUCUAUAAGAGAAACCCUAUCUGUUCACUCUCUGCAACAGCUAGCUAUCAAGGAAGAGAAAAGAUAGCUAGCUUGCUAGAUAGUUGUAUUUAGCCAAAGCCAUGAAUUCCUCCACCAAGCUCUCAGCUUGUCUCCUCAUUCUUAUGCUGUCUAUCUCUUCCUCCUUCCAUGUUGCCAUUGCUUGUGGUUACUGCCCGACGCCUACAACCCCCAAGCCAGCUCCCAAGGAAGGGCCUAUCAUCCUCCCUCCGGUCAUCGGAAAACCACCCAUAACAGUACCUCCAAUCACUGUAAAGCCACCCAUCACUCUUCCUCCGAUCAUUGGAAAACCACCCAUCACUCUUCCUCCUAUCAUUGGAAAACCACCCAUAACAGUACCUCCAAUCACUGUAAAACCACCCAUCACUCUUCCUCCGAUCAUUGGAAAACCACCCAUCACUCUCCCUCCGAUCAUCGGAAAACCACCCAUCACUCUUCCUCCGAUCAUCGGAAAACCACCCAUAACAGUACCUCCAAUCACUGUAAAACCACCCAUCACUCUCCCUCCGAUCAUUGGAAAACCACCCAUAACUGUACCUCCAAUCACCGUAAAACCACCCAUCACUCUCCCUCCGAUCAUUGGAAAACCACCCAUCACCCUCCCUCCUAUCACCGUAAACCCACCAAUAACAAAACCUCCGACGCCCGGAACACCGGGGUGCCCUCCACCACCAGCUGCCAAAAAAACUUGCCCAAUAGACACCUUAAAGCUCGGUACUUGCCUAGAUAUUCUCAGUAAUGUUAUUCAAAUCGGAGAUCCAGCGGUCAACGAGUGCUGCCCGGUCAUCAAGGGUCUCACCGGCAUUGAAGCGGCGGCUUGCCUUUGCACCACCAUCAAGCUCAAGCUUCUUAACAUCAGAGUGUUAUUUCCCAUUGCUUUCGAACUACUGGUCAGUUGUGGCAAGACGCCACCUCCAGGCUACACCUGCGCUUGAUUGAGUUCAUUAUUUUCAUCGUAGUGUAAAUCUGUUGGUUUUAAUUGUUCCUCUCUAUUUGAUCAUUAGGUGUUUUAAUUGUGCUAUGUUCUUGUAAGAAGAAUGUGUCAUGCAUUAAUGCUUUGACAUUUCAUUGUUCAAUUAAUGUCAGUCAUGUAAGGCUUGAAAACUUGGUAUUAUGUACUAUUCUUAUAUUUCCUCAUUUCGUAAUAAAAAAAACGACAAAGGUUGUUCAAA